UCCAUUGCUCGUCAUAUGAUAAAGCAAAGUUGGUCAACGCUGAUACACAACAAGAUGAACUUCAUAAGCUUCACCUUGCUUGUAAACACUGGGGUGUUUUUCAGAUAGUAAAUCAUGGAGUGUCAUCUGUUAAUAAUAUGGGGAAUGAAGUUAAGAGAUUUUUUGAACUUCCUUUACAAGAGAAGAAAAGAUGGGCACAGAAAGCAGGAAGUCUUGAAGGGUAUGGUCAAGCAUUUGUUACAUCUCAAGAACAAAAGCUUGAUUGGAAUGACAUGAUCUUCCUCAAAUCUUUACCUGUUCAAAACAGAAAAUUGGAUUUGUGGCCUCAAAAUCCUCCUGAGUUCAGGGAAACAUUAGAAAAAUAUUCUGAAGAUAUAAGGAAGGAAGCAAUAUCAAUAGUGAGUUUCAGUACAUUGGCUUUAGGGCUCAAGGAAACAAAGAUAUCAGAAGGUUUCCAUGAAGGACUAUAUGAUAUAAGAAUGAAUUGCUAUCCACCUUGUCCAGAGCCUGAAAGAGUUCUUGGGAUCAUUCCUCAUGCCGACAAUUCUGCGAUCACUCUCUUGGUUGAUUUUGGUGAUUUUCCAGGACUGCAGUUUCUCAAAGACGGAAAAUGGGUUAGUGUUGAACCCAUAGAAGGAGCCAUUGUUGCUAACAUUGGCCAUAUAAUUGAGAUUAUGACAAAUGGGAUAUACAAAGCACCGGAGCAUCGAGCCGUCGUGAAUAAGUAGAAGGAAAGAUUGUCAAUAGUGACAUUCUGCUAUCCAAGUCCUGCUAUAGAUAUUGGACCUGUUGAAAAGUUAAUCGAUGAAGAUAACCGACAAGUAUACAAGAACAUGACACAUGCAGAAUACUUCAACAGGUUUUUCAAUAGGAAGCUCGAUCAAUCCUUUAUCGAUAGUUUGAGAUUAUGAUGAUAAAUGAUGUUUAAUUGAACAUCUUUUU